UACAGAUUUAGUGCAAAGCAUCAUAAAAGACACAUGGAUCCUCAGACAAGUACAUGCAAUGCUUCGGAACCGUAUGUGGAAAUCCUAAUACAGCCUGCUUUUUCCAACUAUUUCCGUUACACAUGUGAAACAGAAAACAAAUGCCGAGGCCGCAUCGUAGGCGUUAAUAGUACUGCUCAGAUGAAGCAGUAUCCUACUAUACAGGUUUACAAUUAUACAGGUGAGUUUACCCUCAUUGCAUCUUGUGUCACAUGUGAUGGUCCACCUCAUAGGCCACAUCCACAUAAACUCUGCGGAAGUCAUUGCAGUGAUGGAAUUUUCAGUCGGAAAGUUGCAGCCUCUAGUUACAGCUUCACAGAUCUAACUAUACAGUGCAUGAGAAGAAACCAGAUAGACGAAUCUCUCAGAUUACGUAGAAAUUAUAAUAUUGAUCCUUAUCAGACUGGUUUUGAAAAUACUACAGAUUUCGAUCUGAACUCAGUCAGGUUGUGCUUUCAAGUUUUUAUAACAUCUGACAACCAAGUUCGUCCUUUAGUUCCAGUUGUUUCUCAACCUAUUCGCAAUAAAAGAAAAGUGAGCGAUUUGAAUAUUGCCAGAUUGAGCCAUUAUUCUGCUCCAGUUGAUGGUGGAACAGAAAUCAUCAUCUUAUGCAAUCUUAUCACUGAAGAUAUGCAGCUGUGGUUUUAUGAAGAAGAGUCUGGUGAAGUAAUUUGGGAAUGUGAAUCAAGAUUUUCUUCUAACGAUGUGUUCAAGAACGUGGCAUUGUCAUGCCGUGUGCCAAGAUACCAUGAUAUUAAUAUACGAAGUUAUAGAGAUAUCUUCAUUCAAUUUAGAGAUGGAAACAGAAUUGGAACUCCUCGUUGUUUUCGUUAUCUGCCAAUAAACAAAGAUUCGAGUGUUGUUCGUCGAAAGAAAUUUCGAAUCGGAGCAACUGACUUUAGCAAUACUGAAGCUAUCGCUGUUCCAAGAAUGAUAAGAAAACCAUCAAAAACAAACGAGAAAACUAUUACUGAACAAACUGCCAUCGAUACUUUGCGGAGUUCUUUUGAUCCAUGCUCGUCAACUUCGUCGACUACUCUUUACACAAGCGCAGCUACAGAAAACAAUGGAACAAUAUCGCAACCAUUGCGGCCAAAUGAAACUAUAAUCACCGGAAAAAUAUCGCAUCCAAUUCGGUCAAACGAAACUAGAAUCACUGAACAGAAUUUCGUCGAAGCUUUGCGGAGAGCUUUCGGCUCAUGCUCAGCAGUUUCAUUUACUACAGCAGCUAUAGGAAAUAAUGAACAAACUGGCAUUGAUGUUCUGAGGACCACCUUAGAUCCAUGUUCAUCUAUUUCGCUAACUGCUGUACACCACAUAGCAGGAGAAGAAGAACACGAAAUGGAUUUUGACACAUCUUUAAAUAUAUUCAACACAUCCUGUUCUUCAGCUUCUUCAGCUCAUUUAGAUGCAGAACUGACAUCACGAUGGCGAGAAAAUCCUUGUGAAGUGACAUUAGAAACUUCACAAUUAGCAGUUCUUUCGGAUGAUACAUUACAUGACACGUUUGGGGGCAUGAAUAAUUCUAUGGAACAACUGAGCAUUAGUGACUCGGAAGAUAUAUUUGGUACCUAUAGUGAAUGCAUGAACUUGCCUAUAAACUUAUCAGAGACUAUUUUUGAUUCUAGUUAAAGUAUAUCUCAUUAGCAGCGUCUGCUUCGAGACUAGACAACUACUAUCUUUUGUUUCAAAGAACACAACUUUUCUACAGCCACUGCUAUUUGCAGAAGACAGAGAAUCAACAGACUUUGUAUUUUUUCCUAAAAGCAGUGCUCUCAAAUUCAAAAUCCAUACGGGCCGAAUUCAUGAUCUGAGAACAACAGCUUUUAUUUUUUCUUGCAAAAUAAAAAUUUUGAUUGAUAAAAUAAAAAUAUAUUUUAGGUAAAUUUUAAA